GGCAGUCUGGGCUCGGGCGUCAUUGGCGUGGUGCAGCAGGACGAGGCUGCGCCCGCGGUGGUUGCGAAAGCGGCGGACGUGCAGAACGAGGCUAAGCCGGCGGUGGCGCAAGUGGCGCGGGACGAGGCUAAGCCGGCGGUGGCGCGAGAGACGGAGGCUCAGGCCGAGACUAAGCCGGCGGUGGCGCGAGAGACGGAGGCUCAGGUCGGCGGCGAGCACGGAGGCACAAAGCGAGGCCGAACCAGUGGCAGCAGCGGAGGAGGCGUGGUGGCGUUCCGGCGACGUCGGAAGCGACAGAAACGGCGUGUGCUUGUGCGCUUGGUCGCGGCGGCCGAUGCGCUGGAGGUGGUUCUGCCCGAGGUGUACGCGAAGUUCGCGGAUCGUUUUGAACCGAGCGGACCCAAGAAGCUGCCCGUGAGCCGACCUGGUUUUGAUGCGGUGAUCCGUAUUGACCCGUCCAAGCAGCUUAGGUGUGACCCGAACCGCAAGUUUGGCCGUAGCAAGGAGGAAGCCCUGAGGAAGUACGUGGAGGACGGCCUGAAGACUGGCAUGAUUGUGGAGUCCGAGUCCGCGUUCUGCUCCCAGCCCAUGUUCGUCAAGAAGGGUGAUGGCUGGCGCGUCUGUAUGGACUCCCGGCGUCUGAAUGAGGCGACGAUCAGGGAUCGGUACCCGUCGCCUGAUGCCUUGGCGCUGAUUGACAAGCUGAAAGGCGCGAAAAUUUUCAGCAAGUUUGAUCUCACGAGCGCGUUCUGGCAAGUGAGAUUGAGCGCCGACAGUGAGAAGUACACGGCGUUCCCGUGCGACGGCAAGCUGUACCAGCACAGGGUCAUGUGUUUCGGGUUGGUCAACGCGCCGGCGAUGUUCCAGCGUCUGAUUAAUGAGGUCAUGGGCCCGCUGUCCGCUUUCGCUGGAGGGUACUUUGACGACAUUAUUGUGUUCUCCAAGACGCCGGAGGAGCACGAGCUCCACGUGAAGCAGAUGCUGGCUCGGCUGAGGGAGUUUGACCUGUACGUCUCCUUGAAGAAGUGCGUGUUUGGCACGUCGAGUGUCGACUUCUUGGGGCGGCGGGUCAGCGAAGCCGGAGUGGCGGUGGAUCCUCGCAAGGUGCAGGCGGUCCUCAACUGGAAGCCGCCGACGGACGCGACUGGUGUGCGUGAGGUCAACGGCCUCGCGUCCUUCAUGAGGCGUCAUGUGCCGAACUAUGCCGAGCUGGCGCGCCCGAUGACGAUGCUGACGCGGAAGAAUGUCCCAUUCGUCUGGUCGGCGGAGUGCGAGAAGUCGUUCCGCGCGAUCCAGCAGGCGCUCGUCCAGGCGCCGGUGCUGGCGUACCCCGACACGUCGCGGCCGUUUGAGAUUUUCUCGGAUGCGUCAGAUCUCGCGUUGGGUGGUGUGCUGAUGCAGAGGUCGGAGUCCGGCGACGGUCUGCAUCCGGUCGCCUACUACUCGUGCGUGUUCACGAAGCCAGAAAUCAACUACUCGGUCUACGACAAGGAGCUGCUGGCUAUCCUGGAGUGUCUCCGCGAGUGGCGACACUACGUUUGCGGUUCUGGCAAGAUCACCGUUUGGUCGGACCACAGGAAUUUGCAGUGGUUUACGGAGACGCGGGAGCUGACGGCGCGCGAGGCUCGGUGGUGCGAGAUGCUGGGCGAGUUCGAUCUGGUCAUCAAGCAUCUGGAGGGCUCCAAGAACGGUGCGGCGGAUGCGAUGUCCCGUUCGGCGUCGGGAGCUGGGCCGAAGGAGAAGCUUAAAGGCCGGGUGUUGGACCCCGAGUUGUUGGUGGCCCCAGUCGCUGGCGGGGCCGAUGACGAGCAGAGCGAAGAUUUCGUUUUCUCGCCCGGGGCGACUCUGCCGAGCGCGCCUACGGUCAUGACGCCUACUGCCAUUCGCGAGGCUUUGCAGAAGGCGGUGGCCGAGGGGGAAGAAGAAGGAGUAGAGCUUCUAUCCUCCAAACGAUACCAACUUCACGACGGUCUCAUCAAGCGCGAGGACCGAGUGUUCGUCCCAGAACAUUUACGCCCACAGAUCCUGCGAUACCGCCAUGACGCAGCGACAGCGGGUCACUGCGGGAACCGAAAGACGCUUGAGUUGGUUCAACGCGACUUUGAAUUCCCCGCGAUGCAACAGCGCUUCGAGGCGCACUUUGGAGUGGGGCAAACUGUUCCCAUAGAGGUAGAUCCUGCUCUCUCGGGUCCGCCACCGCUCGUAUCCGAGCCAGCUGCCAUGGAAGUGGAUGACUACGGUGAUGACUCUGGCGACAUUUCUCGAGACUCAAUGGAUGUCGAACGCGACAAUGACAAUGAUUACGAAACGGAAGACGAAGCUAACGAAGCUGACGUUACUGAGAACGAUGCCACGAACAACGCCACGAGCGAGCCGACUGCACCACCGGCAGCGCCCGAACCCGAACCACAACCGACAAGCCCUAACGAUCGCCUGGCUGCUGCAUACCGGCUUCUUAUCCAGUCUCUGCAUAGCAUCAAAGAUAAAUGCACUGUCUACCACAAGUCGUACAAUGCCGAGGAGAUGCUCAACUUCGUCCUGGUUUGCGGCAAGCACAUCUUUCUGGGAUUGGUGACCAAGAGCGUGCAAAACAUCUGGUGGAACUUUUCAGAAAUGACGCGAAUCGCCAUGUCCACGGUGGUUCAGGUCGACAACGACUCGAUUGCCUCGCUCGCGAAACUGUCAAACGAGACCAUCAAGAGCGUUGCUGCAGUCUUUGGGACUU